CUUCACGGCCUCUCUCUCUUUCUCCCUUUUAUAUUUUUGUUUGCUUUUCUAUUGCGUCCAGAUCACUCUCUCUUUCACAUUUUCUUUCAUAAUUCUUCGUCGGUGAGCUACAAAUUCUUUGAAUAUUCAGUGUCCAAACGAGCCUUAAGAGCAAGAGCAAUACCUUUGAGAGAGAAAGAGAGAAAGAGAGAGAGAGAGGUGGUUGUGAGAGAGAGAGAAAGCUGGGGAGAGUGUGGAGCUAGCUGCGAUUGCUGUAUGUCAGAGGAUUGCAUUGAGACCUAUUGCGGUGGAUUUGGAGAGCUAGUUAACCCUUUACAAUGGCCUCAGUUGCGAAAAAAACGACGGUCUCUGCUUCUUGCUGUAUCAACAACGAUCUUUCCUCCUCAUCUUCUUCUUCAAUUUCUAGAGAGCCUACGGCGGCGGCUGCCGCUCCGAUCUUGGCCAAUGCACCGGCGGCGGCUCCCGUCUCGGCUUCUGCCUCCGCCAAUGCCGUCCAAGAUUGGACCGUCGCCUCCUCCGCCGAUCGCCGAGACGAUAAGCCCGCGCCUGCCUCCUCCAAAGCGAUCCCACUAAUGCUGAGGGCUCAAACAAGUCACCCUUUGGAUCCUCUAUCUGCCACUGAGAUCUCUGUGACAAUUGCAACCGUCAGGGCAGCUGGUGCCACACCUGAGGUCAGAGAUAGCAUGCGCUUCAUAGAAGUAGUUCUGGUUGAACCAAAUAAACAUGUUGUUGCUUUGGCAGAUGCGUAUUUCUUUCCCCCUUUUCAACCAUCUUUAGUUCCGAAAACCAAAGGCGGGCCCAUAAUCCCUACCAAGCUCCCUCCAAGGCGAGCAAGACUUAUUGUCUACAACAAAAAGUCAAAUGAGACAAGUGUAUGGAUUGUCGAGUUAUCAGAAGUACAUGCUGUAACCCGUGGUGGACACCAUAGGGGAAAAGUAAUUUCAUCACAUGUUAUUCCGGAUGUUCAGCCUCCAAUGGAUGCUGUGGAAUAUGCUGAAUGUGAAGCUGUUGUGAAAGACUUCCCUCCAUUUAGGGAGGCAAUGAAGAGGAGGGGUAUUGAAGACAUGGAUCUUGUGAUGGUUGAUCCAUGGUGUGUUGGUUAUCACAGUGAAGCUGAUGCUCCUAAACGAAGACUUGCUAAACCACUUAUAUUCUGUAGAACUGAGAGUGACUGCCCAAUGGAAAAUGGAUAUGCACGCCCAGUUGAGGGCAUCCAUGUACUUGUUGAUAUGCAAAAUAUGAUAGUAAUUGAGUUUGAAGACCGUAAACUUGUUCCCUUACCCCCAGCUGAUCCAUUGAGAAAUUACACUGCUGGUGAAACCAGAGGUGGUGUUGAUCGAAGUGAUGUAAAACCUUUACAAAUUGUCCAGCAUGAAGGUCCAAGCUUCCGUGUUAAUGGCUACUUUGUAGAAUGGCAGAAGUGGAAUUUCCGCAUUGGUUUCACUCCUAGAGAGGGUUUGGUUAUAUAUUCUAUUGCAUAUGUUGAUGGUAGUCGAGGUCGAAGACCUGUGGCCCACAGGUUGAGUUUCGUGGAGAUGGUUGUGCCUUAUGGAGAUCCAAAUGAUCCCCAUUACAGAAAAAAUGCCUUUGAUGCAGGGGAAGACGGCCUUGGAAAAAAUGCACACUCACUUAAGAAGGGGUGUGAUUGUUUGGGAUAUAUCAAAUACUUUGAUGCCCACUUUACAAAUUUUACUGGCGGUGUUGAAACAAUUGAAAAUUGCGUCUGUUUGCACGAAGAGGAUCAUGGAAUAUUAUGGAAGCAUCAAGACUGGAGAACAGGCUUAGCGGAAGUUCGAAGGUCUAGACGAUUAUCAGUGUCUUUUAUAUGUACUGUGGCUAAUUAUGAGUAUGGAUUUUACUGGCACUUUUAUCAGGAUGGAAAAAUUGAAGCUGAAGUUAAACUCACAGGAAUUCUCAGCUUAGGAGCAUUGCUGCCUGGAGAAUUUCGAAAGUAUGGUACAAUGAUUGCCCCAGGUUUAUAUGCACCUGUUCAUCAACACUUUUUCGUUGCUCGUAUGGACAUGGCUGUUGAUUGCAAACCUGGUGAAGCUUUCAAUCAGGUUGUAGAGGUGGAUGUCAAAGUUGAGGAACCUGGAGAGAACAAUGUCCACAAUAAUGCAUUCUAUGCUGAAGAGAGACUGCUCAAAUCUGAGUUGGAAGCAAUGCGUGAUUGUAGUCCUUUGAGUGCUCGCCAUUGGAUUGUAAGGAACACAAGAACUGUUAAUCGCACUGGACAGUUAACGGGUUAUAAGCUUGUGCCUGGUUCGAACUGCUUGCCGUUAGCUGGUGCGGAAGCUAAGUUUCUCAGAAGAGCUUCUUUCUUGAAGCAUAAUCUUUGGGUUACACCAUAUGCUCAUGAUGAAAUGUUUCCUGGAGGAGAGUUCCCUAAUCAAAAUCCACGUGUUGAUGAAGGAUUGGCUACAUGGGUUAAGCAGAAUCGAUCUCUGGAAGAAACAGAUGUAGUUCUAUGGUAUGUAUUUGGAAUCACACAUGUCCCUCGGUUGGAAGACUGGCCUGUAAUGCCGGCGGAGCGCAUUGGUUUUAUGCUUAUGCCUCAUGGGUUCUUCAAUUGCUCGCCUGCGGUAGAUGUUCCUCCCAAUGCCUGUGAAUUGGAAGCCAAAGACAAUGAUGUCAAGGACAACGGGGUAGUCAAGCCAAUUCAGCCUGCGCUGCUGGCAAAGUUGUAACAUCUUUUCUUCCUAGUCAAAUUUGUCUUCCAAUUUAAUAGAGAGGACAAUAAGGUAGCCAAAGCCAAUUCAACCUGUGUUGCUGGCAAAGAUGUCAAAGUCUUUACUUCCAAGUCAAUUUGUCUUUCAAUUUCAUAGAGAGAUGUCAUAAUGGUUCUUCCCGCUUCCUCUGUCUAGUCUUACCUUCCAAGUUAAGCUGAUGAGUUUAUCCCCACCACCCUCAAUGUAGAAUUUCAAAUAAUUUACAGACUACUUCAAUCUUUUAUAAAUCAGAAAGCCAUUCGUGCUAUGUGAUUUCGAUUUGCCUUUUUACUUAAUGACUAUGGUCUUAAAUGUAGACUAGCAUGUAACCUGUGCAAUGCACAGGAUUUAUUAAACGUUAUUAAUAUUUUUUUAAAUCUAGAUUGUCA